AUGUGGACGUCUCUUUUGGAACCCAAAACUGGUCAGAUCUCGAGGAACCGGCGAGUUGCUCCAAGGGUACUCCAGAACAAGGGAAGGAAAGCAAAGUCCGGAGCUACUAGGAAGGACGCCGAAGCGACAAAAAGCCCACAUGUGGACGUCUCGUUCAGAGCUAUGGAAUACAAGAAAUUCCGAGUGGCAAUCUUAACAUUCGAUAGGAACAGUAUGAAUGCAAGAGAAGAGAAGGAAUCAAUGAAAGCCGCAAGGCUAUCACAGCUGCAGUUUUAUAGAUCUAGCCAGGCUAGCGAGCACAAAAUGAGACCGGAUUCGAGAGACUUCUUAAAGAGUCCCCACUUGUCGCAGUUCAGUCGAACCCGACAGUGGCUCUGGGGUCAAAGCUCCGAGGGGAGGGGCGGGGGAUGUUUGUGUAUCGCGUUUACAGCAAAGGCCUCCUUAGAGUCCCCACUUGUUGCGGUUCAGUCGAUCCCGACAGUGGCUCUGGGGUCGAAGCUUCACGGGGAUACGAUCUCUUUAGAGUCCCCACUUGUUGCGGUUCAGUUGAACCCAACAGUGGCUCUGGGAUCCGAAGCUCCAACGCGACUUAGAGCGAAGACUUCUUAAAGAGUCCCCACUUGGCGUGGUUCAGUUGAACCCGGCAGUGGCUCUGGGGUCGAAGCUCUAAGAGGGGGGGUGGGGGUGGGGGUAUAUCGCGUCCACAGCAAAAGCCUCUUAAGAGUCCCCACUUGUUGCGGUUCAGUUGAUCCCGACAGUGGCUCUGGGGUCGAAGCUUCACGGGGAUACGAUCUCUUUAGAGUCCCCACUUGUUGCGAUUCAUUGGAAUAAUCCGACAGUGGCUCUGGGAUCCGAAACUCCAACGCGACUUAGGG